AUGUUCCUUCUAAUAAUUAUCACUUUUUUAUUCGCCUAUAUCAUCACCAAGCAAUGGAAAAGCCGUAUGAACCUACCAAAAGGUUGGAAAAUCAUUCAUAACUUGUUUCCAAAGUUUAAAGGACACGAAAAACAGUUUUUCGCGUCGAGAACUGUAUAAAAGUUGACCGUGCUCCUUUAAACACUGAUUUUCAAAUAGACCAUCAUGUAAGUUUCAGGACCUAUUCCAUUUCCUCUCAUCGGAAAUAUUCCUCAAGUUUUGCUGGCCUUGAGAGAAACUGGAAGUGUCGUUGGAACUUUGAGAAAGUUUCAAAAGGUAUAUCAAAAUCGUCAAAACUUGAAACUGUCUGAUUUCUCUACGCUCUCGUUUCUCCAUGCAUUUUAAUUGAUCUGUGAUCUUAUUGACAAGAGAAAAGAGAGCACAGACACGUCAGACUGUUCCAAGCUUCGAUAGGAAUAUCGAAUUAAAUAUUAUCCAACUCAGGACCACGGUAAAAUCUACACUUUAUGGUUUGGACCAAUGAAAACUGUACACAUUUGCGAUUAUGACUUGGCCUAUGAAGUUAUGGUGAAAAAUGGGUCCAAGUACGCGGAAAGAUUCGUUCCGGGCUCUAUGCGAGAUUUGACAGGUUGGUCGAAUGGCUAGAGCGGUAGGACAUGGGUAGAAGGACCAGGGUUCUACUUUUUUGAAUUUUUGCGGUUUUUCUAAUUUUCGCAAAAUAUUAUGCUUCGUUUCAAAAACUUUGAAAAUUGGUUUUGAAGGCCUAGAAAGCUUAAUAAUCUGGUGAAUACUCCUUCAGGAGCUCGUAUUAUUUUUUUUUAAUUUACAGAAGGAUGCGGGGUAAUUUGGUCAAACGGGGAGUUUUGGCAACGACAUCGUCGGUUUGCCCUCCAUACUCUUCGGAAUUUCGGUCUUGGGAAGAAUCUCAUGGAAGAGAGGAUAAUGGAGGAGAUCAAUGCCAGGUACAGUUCUUCACUUUUUUGUCACGAAAUCUCGAAAAAACGGACUGUGUUGAAAAUCUGCUCGCUCCUUUAGUGCCAUUUUCAUAAGAGGCUUUUCAAAGUUUCGAAUUAUAGUCCAUUUCAUUUUGUACUGUUCUAUUAACAUUGAAAAACCUUUUUCAUGCUAAUAAUUAUAUUCGAAGGUUCGCCGAACUCGACAGAAAGCAGGAAAAUGUCCGAGACGCUGGCCGAUUUUUCGACAUUCUUGUCGGAAGUAUCAUUAACAAUUUGAUCUUCUCGGAGCGAUUUUCAGAGGUUUCUUUAUUACAAGCUAUUUACAAAAUUGAUAUUAUACUCUUAUUUGAAAAACAAUCACGAUUUCAGGGAGAUGAAGAAUACGAGAAGCUGAAAGGGCUUUUGGACAAAAGUUUCGAAGGCGCUUCUUUUUUGGAUACUUUUAUCCCGUCAGCUCUCAUGAAUUCUCCCCUUCUGAAGUUCAGGUUUAGCUCAUCAAGCUUGAAACUUUGUUUUAACGUUUACAAUAUUCAGAAAAGAAAGCCAGAUGGGACCGAUGAAUAAGAUCCUGGCCUAUUUGCGGGAGAAAAUUGAUAGGAGGUGAAGAAUUUUUAUCAACUUCUUCAUUAAACCUUGUAGGUUUGAUGCGAUCGAGAAUGGAAAACACGUGAUUCCUGAAGAGCCUCAGGACUACGUCGACGCGUUUUUGAAGCAAAUGGAGAAGGAAAAGAAGGAAAAUGGAGAAGAUUCGACUUUCAAGUGAACUUUUUUGAUAAUUUGUGUAACUUCGACUUUUCUGAAACCUUAGUAGAUCAUUCAACUAGUUUGACUUUGUCUGAAGCCCGUGAUUUUAUUAGAAAUAAUGUUCGAACUCAUGGAUUUUUUGAAAUUUUUCUACUUCUUUGAGUCAAAUUUUUGAAUCUUGGGUUAAAAAAUUCAGCCGUUUUUGGCAUCUACUAUUCAAACUUGACUAUUCGAAAUUUGACAUUUUGCCUAUCUCUUCUCCUUUUUUUUGUAGACAUUAAAAAAAAGUUGUAAAAAUAGAAUGCUAAAAAAUCUCCUUUUUUCAGCUUCCACAGCCUCUCGAUGGAAAUUAUCGACUUAUGGCUAGCCGGACAGGAAACAAGCUCCACGACCCUCGUUUGGGCAGUCCUUUUACUGCUGAACAACCCAGAAGAAAUUGUCAAAACUCGGGAAGAGAUCAUAAAAGUUACUGACAACGGAACUAGCCACGUUUCUCUCGCUGAUCGCACCAAUACGCCUUAUUUGAAUGCUGUGAUCAAUGUGAGAUUCGCCAUUUUUUUAUUUUUAAAAAAAUAAAUCACAUUUUUGUGAAAAAAACAGCAUUUUUUUCGAAAAUGAUACGUUUUUCCAGGAAAUUCAGCGACACGCCUCGAUUCUGAACAUCAACUUGGGACGAAUCAAUCCAGAGGUUAUUUUUCGAUAUAUAUUUUUCCGUUAAGAGACUUUUUUUGACAAUUUUUCCUGCCAUAUAAACUUUGAAAAAAAUACAGGACACUACAAUAGAUGGCCAACCAGUUGAAAAAGGCGCGAUGAUAACGGCUCAACUGAGUUUAAUCCUCUCCGAUGAGAAAGAUUACCCAAACAGUGAACAGGUAGAAAGUAUAACAAAAACUUCAAGCAAAACUCGAAAUAUUUCCAGUUCCUACCGUCUCGUUUCAUUGAAAAUGAAUCGCUGCAGCAGAGACUAUGCGUUUUUGGGCUAGGAAAACGGGCUUGUUUGGGUGAAUCCUUGGCUCGCGCUGAGCUUUAUUUGGUAAUAUCUAUUUCAGUGUAUAUUUUGGACCGGAAAGUUGAUCUUCAGAUACUCGGAAACCUCUUACUUCGUUAUGAUCUUCAGCCAGACGGUGAUCUUCCACCGGCAGCGUCUUUCAAUCCCAUUGGUGCAAUGAACAAACCACACAAAUGCUCGCUGAAAUUUAUCAAAUUGUGA